UUCCAAACAUUUUUUAAGUAACCAUUGUGGUCUAAAACAGUUCUUUGCUCAUUCUUUGCUUAUUCUUCUUGAAAAAAAUUUACUGCUAAAUUAGCUCCACCCAAUGGUCAAAAUGAAACACCGUCCAGGAGAAGCAGAACAAUGUUUUUAAUGUUAAUGAGCUGGACCUUUUUGUUAGAGCUUCUCUUUUAGAUAAUAGCAAACAUUGUUACAUGGAUUAACAAUAUUCAAAACAUGUAGUCAAUUAUUAUUGUAUUUCUAAACAAAUGUGUCAAAAUGUGUAAACUCAAACUUUAAUUGAAUCAAAUUGAAUUGAGAAACUGAAGGAAUAAAGACCCAAAAAAAAAAGAAUUGUUCUAUCCAGGCUCUGGUGACUCAAACUGAAUCGAUUCUGGUAAUUAUUAUGUAAACCCUCCUACUUUUUUGGCCUCAUCACAUUUCGGGUCAUAUAAUCAUGGAUCCUGGUUCUCUUCAUGUCACAGUCAGACUGGAGUAGAAAUAAACUGGGAGAGAGAUCUUGAUUUAAAUGUACUUGUUGAAUAGAAGGACCAUGAGCCAAAUUUCAGAUCAAUUUUUCAUAUAUUUUACCAUUUCAAGACAUAUCCAAGUCAAGUUCUUUUUCAAUUAAUCACAAACAUUGUUGCAGUUGCUUAAAUGUCUCUUUUCUUUUAGCACAUGCUGGAGUGUUUUUGUUUAUUUAUGUGUAUGCUCAUCUUUUUCUAGUCUUUUCUGACUCUGCUAGUCACAACAUAGUCCACUCUCGAUGUCUGUAAUCUGAUCACAACUUAAAUAGACUUUUAAUAAAUAUAGUGAAGGAACAGUAAUUAAAAUGUUCUCAAGAUUCUUCUUCUUCUUCUUUUCCUUUCGGCUUUUCCCUUCAGGGGUCGCCACAGCGAAUCAGUUUCCUCCAUCUAAGCCUGUCUUCAGCAUCCUCCACUCUAACACCAGCCACCUUCAUGUCUUCAUUCACUGCAUCCAUAAACCUCCUCUUUGGUCUUCCUCUAGACCUCUUUCCUGGCAGCUCUAGACUCAGAAUCCUUCUACCAAUAUAUAAAAGGAUUAUAAUGCAAAAUUUAUUGAUUUGACAGUGUAAAAAAAAAAAAAUAUCAAACAAAAACUUUUUCACAAAAAAUUCGAAAUACAUAUUGAUCCCUUUAUUUUCAUUGCAUUAAUCAUAACGAAUAAUAGCAUUCAUUUACCUAAAUUUGUAUAAAUGAUUAAAAAUGUUUACAAAAUUUUUGACUGGUAUUGCAGCACUCUAUCGCCCUCUGGUGGUGACACAUUAAACUCCAAAACAAAUAAGUAUAAAUUGAUAUUUUAAAAUCUGAAAGAAAUAUAUUAUUCCCCGAUAACGUUUCUUUAAUUAUGGAGUGUUGUUGAGAAAAUCAAAGACUGGUGUAAAAGAAACUAAUAGUCAUUGAGUAUUAAAAAAAACAUGAAAUGAUAUUGAGUGACAAUCAUUAAUAUGGAGGAGAAUUAAACCUACAGAACAACAAAAGACUGUCUUGAUGAUAACUUAAGUGGAAUAUUUCAUGUUAUUCCUGAAUCAAUGAAAAUAGUCAACCAAAUUUAUUUAUAUUUAAAGGUAAAAUGUAUUAUACAUUUCUGAUUACACCUGCUGCCUUGUGGUAGAGUUCGGUCUACUUUUAGAAAAUACAUUUCACUUUUAGAUCGCAAUGAAGCUUUUUUUUUUUUAUUUUGCAGCAAAAAAAAAAAAAAAAUAUAGAAGUGUAGAAACAUUUUCCAAAUUUGGGAGAUUUCCUUUUUAAAACCUACUUCUGCUAGUUUGUUUUUGAAUUUGUAUGUGUGCUUUACCACAAGUGUCUUUGAAUUGUAUAAGUAUUUUAGUUAAAUGUGAAAUUAUAUUUUUCUGAAAUGUUGACAUGUUUGCACUUCCCAGCCAGCAUAUAAAAUGACUCAAAUUAUGACUAUGUUUGAAACCAAUACUAUUUAGAGCUUGUGGCUUCUGGUUAAUGUAGCAUUACAUUUACAGCACUCUGCUGUUUUUAAAAAUGGAAAAGAUAGGAAUAAAAAUCAAUCAUUUUCUAAAGAGAAUUUUCUCUGGCUAUUUUUAGAGAGUCUGUUUUGGUUCAUGCUCCUUCCCUCUGGCAUCCUAACACUUAUAAUUACUCUCAUAAUUACAAAGAGUGAGAUCAGUUAAACAAGCCUGGACAGAAAAUGUGAAGCUGAGUAAAUGGCAGGUCCAGAUUUUACCUGAGGCAUCAGCAGUUUAUGUAAACUUUUACACUUGUGUAUUCAUUCAGCUUUUGUCUUUACUCAAAGAAAGUACAGGUUAGAAGAACCAUUUUUCCCAUGGUUCCUUUGAGUUCUCAGAAAAUCAAUUUUCAUAUAAUAAUGAAGUAUUUAUCUCAUGCACUUUCAUAGUUUUCAACAUGACAAACCUUCGUCGUAUUCCCCCACCCCUAGUUUUCCAAAACUUUCUCCGUCCUGAUCCUUCCCUCCCAUUCCUUCUCGCUCCAUAUCGGAGAGCUUCCUUUGCUCUGCAUAUUCCCGUGUCACACUUCCAAAGUGGAGCUCAGAUGGGAAUCCCUGAAGUUCUGGUCAUUGCAGUUUGCCUGUUGGCUCCAGCAGUGUGUGCUGGCGUGGGAAUGCUGGGAUGCAGCAACAUGAAGCAUUUGGAGAAUGGGCAGACUUUCUUCCGCUACGGUGGACUUCUGGUGACUUUCCGCUGCAAUCCUGGCUUCAAACUUCACGGAUACAAAACCAACAGCUGUCUCUCUGGAAUCUGGUCACGAGACCUCCCAGUUUGUGUUGGGUCCGGCUGCUCCGUCCCCGGGCUGCUCAUGCAUGGAACCAUCCACAUGAAUGAGGAUGGCUCCUGGGUGGAGUUCAGCUGUAAUAAUGGCUUUCGCCUUCAUGGGCCCUCAAAGCUGUACUGCAGGGGCCACAGUUGGAAUGGAACAAACCCAGUAUGCAGAGAGUGGGACAUAAACAUGGACCAAACCCUGCAGAUUCAGCAACACUUGGACAACCAGGCUCCCAGUCUUUCCAAAACACCCGACCUGAUAUCUAGUCUGUUGACUUCCAAGCAAGCUAGCAGUGAGAAAACCAAAACUUACCUGAGGGAAGUCAGUGCUGAAGAUGUGGACCACACUGUCCCAUCCACCUCGUCAUUCACUUCAGGAAAAGAGCCCCAAGAGUCAUUUUCCAUCACUCAUGCACCAGAUGUUACAGACUUCACGGGUUCUGUUCUAAGGCAAACUUCAAACCGUCACUACUCCAAGUCUCCCAUGACUGUAUUGAACGAGCAUGCUUCACUUCCAGAUAAUCAAACUGUUUUGGAAACAGCUACAGGUACAGAUGAAGCUCAGCACCAGACUCAAACUCAGCACCUGGAUAACAACAAAUCCCCAGAUGGACAAUAUCCUCCGAUUUCUGUUCACCCGGCAUCAACCAGUUCUUCCUCUUCUGCAUCGCAUGCAGACUCACUUCCUCUAAGCUCCAUCUCCACUCAGCCUCCUCUACCUCCCAGUUUCACCGUCCCUUCCACCCCCUUCAACAACACUGACUCUCUUUUCAUUGGGAACCACAUUCACUUUAAAAACCUCACCGUCCAACUUUACCACAGGAGGUGGCCGGCAUGUCCAUACCCACCUGUUCCUGCUCACGGGACGUUUUACAUUCGAAACAUAGACAAUCCUAACCCCGGAGAGUUCAGGUAUUAUAUAGAAUACGUCUGCUCUCCAGGUUAUACUCUGGUUCAUGGGGACAGGCACAACUACUGCCAGCAAGGAGGCAACUGGAGCGGGACCACACCUGUGUGUCUGGAGCUGAAUCCAUGUGCUGAGAACAACGGAGGCUGUUCCCAGCUCUGCUCCUACUCCCGGAUCUACAACCAGAACUUAAACCAAAUGCAAACCACAACUCAGUGUCACUGCAGGCCUGGAUUUGCUCUGCAGGAAGAUGGACGAACAUGCAGAGAUGUUGACGAGUGUCUGCUGCCUGCUGCUGCCACCGGCUGCAUGUUCGGCUGCGUUAACACUGCUGGGAGCUUCCACUGCCAAUGUCCACCCGGCCACAGCAAACUAACCGCAGACGGCCUCUGCCACGAUACAGACGAGUGUGUUGCCAACCAGGGGCUUGGACCUUGUAUGCAUCAAUGCCACAACUCAGCAGGGUCCUACAGAUGCUCCUGCACAUUUGGUUACAUUCUGGCUGCAGAUGGACACGACUGUCUUCCGGAAUGUCCAUCUGGAUACAGGAAAUUUACUGCUGCGCCUCCUGAAAACAUGACUGUGCAGCCUUUGAAGGGGAAAUGUGUGGACAUCAAUGAGUGCUUGGAGGAGAUGUGCGAGUGGCGGUGUGUGAACCUACCGGGCUCCCACCGCUGCAUCUGCCCCCGUGGAUACACCCUCCAGAGGGAUGGACAACACUGCACGGACAUUAAUGAGUGCAACCAGAAGAACGGAGGCUGCUCCCAUCAUUGUGUGAACCGAGGAGGAGGAUAUAAAUGCUCCUGUCCAGCUUCUCAUCGCCUGUCUCCGUUCAACUGGAGGAAAUGCUCAGCAAAGACAAACACUGCUGGCUGAGCGGUGGAGCUCGUCUGGGCCGACUCAGAACUGCACCGUCCAGUCUCUGAAUAUGCUUAAGAUUUGAUGUGCAGGAUUUUUCCUGUUCUGCUCUUGAAUGAAAUAAUAAAUUGUUAAUACUUUUAAAUUUGUUAAAUCAUUAUUAGCUAAAACGUUUUUGAAUGAAACAGCUGCUUGAUCUUAUGUCCAUAAUAGAACAAGCAGCACAGAGAUGAUGGAGAACAUUUCAGACUAGGAGUAAGCAGAAAAUGAAGAAGCACAAAUGUCCAACUGAAUCAGAAUACUUGAAUAUUUUCUGGAACAUUCAAGAGAUCACUGGAGCAAAGGGAUCUUUGGUUAAAUCGUGAAGAUUCGUUUCAUUUUUGGAUUUUCAUAAGACGAGAUUUUAACUCUUAAGACUUUCGGAAAUAUGUCAGU